UUUCCUUGUAUCUUUGUUCUGUCCAUUGAAGAACAGAACAUGAAUACUUUACUCCCAACAUCCAUUUACAAACCACCCCAUGUUUCAAAUUUCUUCUCUGUCAAUCCUUCAAUCCUUAAACUAACUCCCAGAUUUCAUGACAAAUAUUUCAAUGUUUUUGUUGUUAAUAGUAAUGCAUCUUCAAAUGAACUAGACACAAAAACAGUAGAAGAUGAGAAUAGUCCUGAAGAUGGACCCAAGAUCUCGAUACCGAGCGGUGUAACUAUUGAAAAAGACCUUAAAAAGGCUGUCCAAAAAACUGCUGCCACGUUUGCACCCAGAGCGUCUACGGCUUCAAAGAACCCGGCAGUACCUGGAUCAACAUUGUACACUGUUUUUGAGGUUCAAGCCUAUGCAUCAAUGUUGAUGGGUGGAGCUCUCUCUUUUAACCUCAUCUUCCCUUCAAAUGAACCCGAUUUAUGGAGAUUAAUGGGAAUGUGGUCAAUCUGGAUGUUUACUAUUCCUUCCCUUCGUGCACGCGACUGCUCAAAGAAUGAGAAAGAAGCUCUUAACUAUCUGUUCCUCCUUGUCCCGUUGCUGAAUGUUACAAUCCCGUUCUUUUUGAAAUCUUUUGCGCUAGUCUGGUCUGCAGAUACUGUUGCAUUUUUUGCUAUGUAUGCAUGGAAGCUAGGGUGGCUACAGAAAAGUGAUUAAUUCUAGUGAAGAUCUUUCUGCAGAAAACUUUCUGGGGCUUGGAAUUCCAUAGUUUAUUCAAGGACUCAGGGUCUGUUUACAAUAGAGUAGGAGAAUGUAUAUGGAUAUUCAUAUCCUAUGUGAUGUAUGGUUGUAGUUGCAUACUUGCAUAGGUCUUGUAUGUAUAUGUACAACUUGUGAAGAAUAGGGAUGAAAAUAUGAAAUGUAUACUUUUUGGGAUUCAUAAAGAAAAGAAAUUAUCAUUAUCUAAA